AUGUGUGAGGUUGGCUUGAGGUUAUCAUCUGCACGAGCUCAGCUGGAGGUUAAUCUUAGCCAAGAUAGUCUGAUUGGGCUUGGAGAUGGCAUCGUAAUCCAAGGCUCAACAAGCAAUGUGGAGAUGGAGGGAUGCCGGAUUGCCGAUUGCAAAAGAAUGGGUAUUCAUGCAUUCAAGGAAUCCAAUGUCACCUUACGCCAGUGUCAGAUUCUGCGGAAUGGACGCGGUGUCGUGAUUGCUUCUGGUAGCCGCGCUGAUAUUUCUAGAUCCUCUUUUGAGGGCAAUACUGGUUGGGCCGUGCGCUUCGAGGGACACCCAGACGACGACUUGUCACUGGGUUCAACUUCGUCUAUUGUCGGCAAUUCCUUUGGCUGCCCAGAGAAAGGCAAUGCCGGCCGAAAGCGGGUGCGGGUUGACACCAGGAGCAGUGAGACUUGA